AUGGAGUUCUACGUUGACGAGAAGUGGAAGUUCUCCAAGAAGAGCCGGAACAACGGCAGCUGCAGGCGCGUCUCCAGCGGCGGCGGCGGCGGCGGCGACCCGUUCCUCAAGAGGUCGGCCAGCACAAGGGACCAGGUGAUCGGCCGGCGGGCGAGCGCCGCCGCGUCCGCCCCAGCGAGCGGGUGCGCGGCGCCUUCGUUCUCGAGCCGCUGCGCUGGGCUGGUGAAGGAGCAGCGGGCGCGCUUCUACAUCAUGCGCCGGUGCGUCACCAUGCUCGUCUGCUGGAAGGACUGCUCGUAG